UAGUAUAAAUAAAUUACUAUUACAUUUUUGUUUAAUUUCCUGUGGUAGAUAUAUAUGUCUCAGUCCUUCCAAGCUUUUUAAUUUUCGCCUCUCUCUCUCUCUCUCUCUCUAUCUAAAUCGUCGGCGAUAUUCACAGAUCCGUAACUCCACCAUCGCCACGACCUCAGUUGGCAUGUUAAUUCUCUGUUCUCGUCUGUUUUUAGGUCUUCAAUUACGGUUGUUUAUUGAGCUGGCUGAGUAUUAUUUAUUAUUUAUGAAUCUUUGACUCUUUUUGGUAAUGAAAAUCAGAGCUCGUGGUUGUUGUGAUUUUGUUGGCUAAUCACUCGUUAAUUUAUUUAGGCGUUUAAUUUGGGCAUGUGAUUUCCUCUCCUCUGUUUGGACUCAUGCGUUGUGUCACUCUGCUGUUGUUUUUUGGAAUUUUGGGGGCGUAGUAGUAGUGCCGCUGAUUAGGAGCUGUUUGGCUGAGUUCACUUUUUCGUCAAUUGGGGUUACUGAUUCUUUAAGGGUUGGGGUUUGUUAUAGUCUUUGUGCUCUUUUUAGGGUUGCUGUUGGGUAUUUGAAUUGAAUUUUGUUGACUAAUGGAGGAGGCUCAAUUUGGAGGAAAGGUUCAUCAUUUAUGUGGUCCGGUGAUGCCAGAUUUGAAGGCAGCUGGGAAGAAGGGUGUGGAAUGGGAUUUAAAUGAUUGGAAAUGGGACGGGGAUCUGUUUACCGCUGCUCCUCCACUUAAUUCUGUGCCGUCAGAUUGCCGGAGUAGGCAGUUAUUCUCUCUUGUGUCUGAAAUUCCAAUUAAUCCUGGUUUGUCAAACACUUCCUUGGCUUGUUCGGAUGAAACCAAUUUGGGAAAUGACAAGGGAAAGCGGGUAUUGGAGAAACGCAGGAGGGUGGUUGUUGUUGAGGAUGAAGAAGAGUGUAAUGAUGAAGCCAGGUCCCUUAAUUUGAAGCUUGGUGGGCAAGUGUACCCUAUCACACAAGCCGAGAUGGAAAACUCUGAGGGAAGGUGUGGGAAGAAGAGCAAAGUGGUUGCAACUUCCUCUAACUGUUCAGUGUGUCAGGUGGAUGAUUGUCGAGUCGAUUUGACUAAUAGCAAAGAUUAUCACAUAAGGCACAAGGUUUGCGACAUGCAUUCCAAGGCCGGUAGUGCAUUGGUGGGAAAUGUUAUGCAACGCUUCUGUCAGCAGUGUAGCAGGUUUCAUGUUCUUCAAGAGUUUGAUGAAGGGAAGAGAAGUUGUCGUAGGCGUUUGGCAGGCCAUAAUAAACGUAGGAGAAAGAAACAUCCGGAAAAUGUGGUUAAUGGAGUCUCCUUGAACGAUGAGCAUGGUAGUAGUUAUUUGCUUGUUAGUCUGCUGAGGAUACUUGCCAACAUGCACACUAAUAGCUUGGAUCAAACGAAGGAUCAGGAUAUGCUAUCCCACCUAUUGAGAAACCUUACUAGUAUGUCUGGCUCAAUUAAUGGGAGGAACAUAUCUGGAUUAUUGCCUGGUUCUCAAGACUUGCAAAAGGCUACGAUGUCUCUUGGAACUCCAGAAAAGGUUCCAGAUCUGAUUUCAAACGGUCCUAAAUGCAGCUCAAUGCUUGGUUCUAUUUCUAAGAUGGAUGUUUGCAUUGAUAUUCAGGAUUCUCUGAGGCCUAAUGGACAAUGUAUGGCAUUUGAAGGGACAGAGAAGAGAACUUUCACAGACAAUACACAGGGUGGACUGUUUCAAACUCCGUGUGCAAUUCCAUAUCCUGCAAGAGACUGCAUUCCUACCAAAGCAAGUGCCCCAGACAAUGGAGUGGGAAGGAUGAAAUUGAAAGACAUAGACUUGAAUACUGUUUACGAUGGUUCUGAGGAUUGUUCAGAAAACCUGGAGAGUUAUCAUGCUCCUGUAAAUCUGGGGAUUGGGUCUCUUGAUUGCACUCUACGGGGACAUCAUGGUGGUCAAGAGUCAAGCCCUCCUCAGACAAGUGGGAAUACAGGCUCCACAUCCACCCAGUCACUAUCUAGUUCGAGCAGGGAGGCUCAGAGUCGCACAGAUCGAAUUGUUUUCAAACUCUUUGGAAAAGAUCCAAGUGAUUUCCCUCUUGUCCUGCGGAAACAGAUACUUGACUGGUUAUCUCACAGUCCUACUGAAAUUGAAAGCUACAUAAGACCUGGCUGUAUCAUAUUAACUAUCUAUCUUCGAUUAGGGAAAUCCACAUGGGAGGAGCUUUACUGUGAUCUGAACUCCAGUUUGACUAGGCUUCUUGAUGCAUCAAACGAUUCUUUCUGGAGAACAGGGUGGAUGUAUACUAGGGUGCAGCAACGCGUAGCAUUUAUAUAUGAUGGCCAGGUUGUUUUGGACACACUGUUACCUCUUAAAAGCCAUAAAAAUUCCAGGAUCUUGAGCAUCAAACCAGUUGCAGUUUCUUUCUCUGAGAGAACUCAGUUCUUAGUUAAAGGCUUCAACCUGUCCCAGUCUACUACGAGGUUACUCUGUGCACUAGAAGGGAAGUAUCUGGUGCAGGAAAGUUGUUCCGACAUGAUGGAGGGAGUUGAUACAUUUGUUGAUGGUAAUGAGAUCCAGUGCCUUAGCUUUUCUUGCUCUAUACCAAAUGUCUCUGGAAGAGGAUUCAUUGAGGUUGAGGACCACAGUUUCAGCAACAGCUUCUUUCCAUUUAUAGUCACAGAGCAGGAUGUUUGCUCUGAGAUCUGUACUCUUGAGAGUGCAAUAGAGGUGGCUGAGAUCGCUGAUGACAUUCAUGCAGAAUCUGAAAUGGUAGAAGCCAGGAAUAAUGCACUUGACUUUAUACAUGAAAUGGGUUGGCUUCUUCACAGAAGUCAAUUGAAGUUUAGAUUGGGUAGCAUGGACCCCAAUUUGGAUCUGUUUCCUUUCGAACGGUUCAGGUGGCUAAUGGAGUUCUCCAUGGAGCAUGACUGGUGUGCUGUAGUGAAGAAACUUCUGGGCAUUGUGUUUAAUGGUACUGUGGAUGCAGGAGGGCAUUCUUCCAUUGAACUUGCAUUGCUGGACAUGGGCCUCCUUCACAGAGCUGUGCGGAGAAAUUGCAGAUCUAUGGUGGAAGUUCUUUUGAGAUACAUCCCAACUGAUGUUGUGGAUAAACCGGUCUCCGAACAGCAGCAGCAUGUUAACAGGGGCUCCAACUUCUUAUUUAGACCAGAUGCCAUCGGCCCUGGGGGUUUGACUCCUCUUCACAUAGCAGCCAGUAGUGAUGGCUCUGAGAGUGUGUUGGAUGCUUUAACUGAUGAUCCUGGAUCGGUGGGAAUUGAAGCCUGGAAGGGUGCCCGUGACAGCACAGGAUUGACGCCCAACGAUUACGCCUGCCUGCGAAGCUACUAUUCCUAUAUUCAUCUGGUUCAGAAGAAAAUCAACAAGAAAUCAGGAAAUGGGCAUGUAGUGCUUGAUAUCCCUGGUGCACUCUUAGAAUACAACAUUACUCAAAAGCUGACGGAUGGGUAUAAGACGGCAAAGGUUGCUAGCUUGGAUACCGAGAAGAAUGAAUUGAAGCCAAUUCAGCGACAUUGCAAGGCAUGUCAACAGAAGAUGGCAUAUGGAAGCUGCAGAACAUCGGUGGCUAUCUACAGGCCAGCAAUGCUUUCACUGUUGGCCAUUGCUGCUGUCUGUGUAUGUGCGGCUCUGCUUUUCAAAAGCCCGCCUAAAGUUGUUUGUGUUUUGCAGCCCUUCAUAUGGGAACGUUUGAAGUACGGAGCAAUCUAAGGAAUAAUUACAUUGACUGCAAUUUAUUUAUUUUAAAAUCAUAUUCAUGAGAUAAAAUGUAUUAAGUACUGGUGAUCUUCGUGGCUCCAGAUUUCAGUAGGAAACACUAUGUAAAUUUAUUUACUGGAGUUCAUUUUAAAUUACAAGAAAAAUAUUAUCAAUUACAUAAAAUAGUUGGAAGUGUUUACCCCA